UCCCAAUUCUCUUGUUAUUGCAGUAAGUUCCUGACUGGAUUAAAUAGAAUAAGUUAGUGUGAUUCGAAGAUAUGUCAAUAGUAGAGUUACUGAAAACAGUCGAUAACUUGGCUAAGGUCAUAACUCAGAAGAAUAAAGAACUCGAUGAGUUGAAAAGAGGUUAUGAUGAAAAGUUAAGUAUACUAAACUCAUAUAUACUGAAAAUUCAUCAGGCUAUGCAUUCAGAGUCGUCAUUGCAUAAUACUAAGUCACAGACCAUGGAUUCUUUCAUAGAUGAUAAUAAAUUUCUCCUGAAAAUCCAAACUGAAAUCAAUUGUCCAAAUUGUCAUCAUCUGGUUUGGGAUAAUUCUCGUUCAGAAAACGACUUCAUACUAAUACCAAAAUCGCAGCUCCAACAUUUGUCAAUACCGAUUGAGACUUCCAUCUCAAAUCAAAUCACACAUGUAGAGACUACAGCGAAUCUGGUAAGUCAGAAUUCUACAAGUUUAAACAAAUCUCUGCAAAACAAAACUCUGCAAAAUGUACUCCCUUACCCAAGCACUCCUCAAAAUAAUAAUAAUAAUAAUAAUAAUAAUAAUAAUAAUAAUAAUAAAAGCUAUAACAGUAACUCUAAACGAAUAUGCUCAUACUGUAAGAAGCAUGGGCAUCUGAGAGCAAAAUGUUUGGAGAGGCUCACAAAGCCUGUUGUUGAUAAAUAAACUUAAUAAUUAUAAAUGCCGGAAUUUGAAUCGUAUAUUACAUGGGAAAUAGGUAAAUAAGUAUCAUAAAUAACUAUUUAGCUGAUUGAACUAAAGCUUCUAUAAUUAAUUAAUUAGUUAGUAUAUGAAUUAGUAUUAUGACAAUUAAAUUGAUUGUAACUUACCUCUUCUAGAUGCAUCUUGCAAUAAAGUGCAAUCCACCGAUGAUGGACUCAUAUGAACGUAACGAACAGUAGAUCCUCUAAUAAAUAGAGUCUUAACGGAUUUCAAAUGUGGAUAUUUGCCUUCAUUAACAGUAGAUAUGUUGUCUAUUUUCAAGUUUAAAUAUUGGUCCACAGACUUUAAUGUACCCUUAAUUUCAAUAUCAUUUUUUAACUCAACCGUUACUUCUUGAUCUACUAGGGUCUUAAAAAAACUGAAAAACAACAUCUUAGUUAUAAUAUGUUUGUUAUUGAGAUAUGCCUGAUGUACUU